AGAACAGACCGUUUGUCUCUCGAAGGAUAAAUGGAGGUGGGACCCGAAGUGUAACCUACACUGCAAUGGAGUGUCCCAUCACUGGUCUCUAACGACUUCUCCUCGCCCCUCGUGGAAGAAUCGCGGACGUACGUGCUCGUGCUCGUGCUUCUACUGAUCGGCAUUAGUGUUGAUAAUAAACGAAGAAAGAAAUUGAUAAACACGAUGUUCGCCCCGGGCGCGGCACCUAUUGUUGUCUUGAGUCAAAAUACAAAACGAGAUACCGGUAGAAAGGUGCAGAAGGAGAACAUCCAAGCAGGAAAGGCGAUCGCUGACGUCAUCAGGACAUGUUUGGGACCACAAGCCAUGCUAAAGAUGCUGAUGGAUCCGAUGGGUGGCAUCGUGAUGACAAACGACGGGAACGCGAUCCUACGCGAGAUCACCGUGCAACAUCCUGCUGGCAAGUCCAUGAUAGAGAUCGCUAGGACUCAGGAUGAGGAAGUAGGCGAUGGUACUACAUCUGUUAUUGUCUUGGCGGGAGAAAUCUUGGCCACUGCUGAACCGUUUUUGGAGCAGAACAUGCAUCCUACAGUCAUCAUAAGAGCUUAUCGUCAGGCUUUGGAAGACAUGGUCACAAUUCUCAAUGAGCAAGUCAGCAUCGAUCUGGACUGCAAUGACAAAGAUAAAUUGGUGCAGGUGAUAAACUCCUGUAUAGGUACUAAAUUCAUCAGACGCUGGUCAGAAUUAGCAUGUCAGAUCGCCUUGGAUGCUGUCUAUACAGUGAUGAUGGAGGAGAAUGGCAGACGAGAGAUUGACAUCAAACGUUACGCCAAGGUAGAGAAGAUACCAGGUGGUACAGUGGAGGAUAGUAUCGUUUUGAAAGGUGUAAUGAUCAACAAGGAUGUGACACAUCCAAAGAUGAAACGUUAUAUCAAAGAACCCAGAAUAGUCUUGCUGGACUGUCCAUUGGAGUAUAAGAAAGGCGAGUCACAGACGAACAUAGAGAUAAUGAAAGACACUGAUUUCACAAAAAUUCUGGAAUUGGAGGAACAACAUGUGAAGAAGAUCUGUGAGGACGUGAUCUCGGUGAAACCAGACGUCGUUAUCACAGAGAAGGGUAUAUCCGAUCUUGCGCAACAUUAUCUCGUCAAGGCCGGUAUUUCGGCGAUACGCAGAUUACGGAAGAGCGACAUCAACAGGAUUGCUCGCGCCUGCGGCGCUACUGUCGUGAAUCGCACCGAGGAGCUGAGGGAGGAGGACGUCGGCACUAGGGCUGGUCUCUUCGAAAUCAAGAAGCUCGGCGACGAUUACUUCUGCUUUAUUACGGAGUGCAAGGACCCAAAAGCUUGCACCAUCAUUCUGAGAGGAGCCAGCAAAGAUAUUCUGAACGAGACCGAGAGGAAUUUGCAGGAUGCGCUGCAUGUCGCUAGGAAUCUGCUCAUAGAUCCAAAACUAGUGCCAGGUGGUGGAGCAGUGGAGAUGGCGGUGUCACGGCUUCUGUCGGAGAAGGCUGCUGGUCUCGCUGGAGUGGAGCAGUGGCCGUACAAGGCGAUCGCUCAGGCCUUAGAGAUCAUUCCCAGGACGUUGGCGCAGAAUUGCGGCGCCAAUACCAUCAGAACGUUGACAGCGUUGCGCGCGAAGCAUGCGACCGAGGGAACUACCUGGGGUAUUGACGGAGAAACCGGUAAAUUGGUCGACAUGAAGGAACGCGGUAUUUGGGAGCCACUGUCGGUGAAGCUGCAAACGUACAAGACGGCGAUCGAGACUGCUAUUUUGUUGCUGAGAAUCGACGACAUUGUCUCUGGCAGCAAGAAAAAGAAGAAUGACAACGAGACCGCGCAGCCGAGCUCAGUCACGGAGGAGUCUAUGAAAGAAUAAAAGUAUUUUCGAUAUCAGUUGCAGCCUAAAAAAUCGCUUUGCGCCUCGA